AUCGGAUAGGGACAGCCUUCCGCCUGCUGGCCGUGCUACAAGUUGACGUGUCGUAAAGAGUUUGCUAGCGAACCGGAGUGAACAUCUGAUUACAAGUACUUUAUAUAAGUUUAUACCUUAGUUUAUAUAAGUUUAUACCUUAGUUUAUAUAAGUUUAUACCUUAACAAUGGCGGCUGACUGGGAAGAAAUUCGACGACUUGCAGCGGAUUUCCAAAGGGCACAGUUUGCCGAUACUGUGCAAAGGUUAUCCGAGAGGGAUUGUGUCGAAAUUAUUGCCAGACUGAUUCAAGACAAGAAACUUGAUGUGGUGCACACACUUGAUGGAAAGGAGUAUGUCACCCCAGCACAGAUCAACCGAGAAAUCAGAGAUGAACUUCACGUUCAUGGAGGGCGAAUCAACAUUGUGGAACUCCAGCAGAUUGUCAAUGUGGAUUGGGUCCAUGUUGAAAAUAAAGCGAAUGAUAUUGCAAGAACUGAUAAAAAUAUUCAGCUUGUGCUGGGACAACUUAUCGACGACACCUACCUGAACCAUUUAGCAGAAGAAACAAAUGACAGACUACAGGAAACUGGUUUGAUCAGCAUUGCAGAGCUUUGUAAAAGCUAUGAUCUUCCUGGGGACUUCUUAACUGAGGAGCUUACAAAGCGUCUUGGGAGAGUGAUCCAGGGAGAAAUGGAUCAGUCCAUUCAAGGGGUCAUAUUUACUCCUGCCUUUGUCGCUCGCCACAAGGCCAAAAUAAGAGGUCUAUUCAGUGCCAUCACACGGCCAACACAAGUGAGUGGCAUGAUUGGUGCAUUUGGACUACAGGAGCACUUACUAUACUCUGUUGUAGAAGAACUGGUGAAUACCGGGCGCCUUAAAGGAACAAUUGUUGGAGGGCGUCGAGACAAAGCUGUAUACAUCCCCAAUAUCUACUCCAAAACACAAAACACUUGGGUGGAUUCUUUCUUCCAACAGAAUGGAUAUUUAGAAUUUGAUGCAUUGGUCAGGCUGGGCAUCCCAGACCCCAACAGUUACAUUAAGAAGCGCUUCAAAUCCAGUAAGCUGCUUUUCCUCAGAGCAGCCUGUGUGGGCCAGGGACUGGUUGACCAGGUAGAAGCCUCUAUAGAGGAAGCUGUAAACUCUGGCACAUGGACUGACAUACAGCCAAUUUUGCCAAGCUGUCUGUCAAUGGAGGACAUUGGGAUGUUGAUCAACCAGGCCAUGAGGAACACAAAUGUGCACUCCACGUGUCGAGUAUUGGGAGACACAAUUGUAGUUACUGAAAAAUUCAUCAGUGGAUGCCUCAGUCUAUUUGACGACGCCAUACAUAAGAAAGCUCAGAAGGAGGUCAAGAGCAAUCCAGUGUUGCUGAUCACGGAAGAGGAUCUGAAGCAAGCAUCUGUGGUAGCUGAAAAUGUAGGGCUGUCAAAAAAAGAAAAGAAAGAAGUAGAGCGCAGGAAAAAAAAUGCAGAGGGCAGUGGCACUGUAAAAUCAAGUGGAGGAGGCAAUGCCAGAGAAUUCCGAACUCGUAAAACAAAGAAGAAGGGAAGAAAAGAUGAUGACAGCGAUGAAGAAACCAGACCUUUGCAGAAAAAUCUUAGUAAAAAGCAACAAGCCUCGUUAAUGACCCAGGAAGAAAUACUCGCUGUGUUAGAAGAGCGAGUGACUGACUGUCCACAAGAAAUCUGUUCUGAGCUGGCAGAGCUUUUAGUACGGCCAUUGAAUAAAGCCUAUCAGGAGGUGCUACAGAGUUUGUUCAUGUCCAGCUCCAGCUUACUUUCAGGGGGCAACAAAAAGUCUGUUAAGGAUCUGCAGGAGGAAAUAACCAACCUGUACAACAACAUCAGGCUUUUUGAAAAAGGCGCACUUUUUUUCUCAGAGGAAUCCCAAGUCCCCAUUGCCAAGCAUGUGUUAAAAACUAUAUGUACAGACAUUACCAACAUUCUGGUCAACUUCCUUGCCGCUGACUUGAUGAUGUCAGUUGAGAACCCUAGCACCAUAACCAAUGAGGUAAGAGUAAAAAUGUUGGGCAAACUGCCGGAUGAGCUCAAAGUACCCCUGAUGACGCUGCACAACUGUCUUAAUGGCAAAACAAUCGAAGAAUUUCUGAAAAAUCUCGAGAUCUCUGCAGAAGUGUGUGGCUUCAUGCUAAAGAAGGCGGACAAGAAAAAAGAAAGACAAGCCCUACUACUGCAUCGCCAGACUCUGAUUCAGCAGUUGAUGGAGACCGAGGACCCUGCUCUGGUCCUCCAUCUCACCAGUGUGCUGUUGUUUCAGGACAGCACUCAUUGCAUCCUACACGCUCCAGGACGCUGUGUACCAAAUAUUAUAGGCACCCUCACAGGCCGGAUACCCGUGGACAAUCACCAGCUACUUAGUCUCUAUCAGAGCCUGGUGGUGAAACAAUUGACGAGCCAGAGUCAAAGAAGGAAGCAGGCGGAAUGGCAGGAGGAGGCAGAGGAUCCAGAUGAGGAGACGCAAAGGAUCCUAACGCAGUUCAAGCAUUUGACGCCUCAACUCAAGGAGCUGGUGCUAACCCAGCAGAAGGCACCUGUGAGUGAGGAGUGAUCCCUUUCACAACAAAUAAUAGAAUAUACAGUAUGAGCCUAAUUUACUAAAGGUUUGCAUGUACUAAGACAUGUGCAAACCUGAUAGCGCACGCAAAGCUGAUCUACUAAACGUGUGCAAUGUGGAUCGCGUGUGUUAAGUGAGCAGAAUAAGGCUUGCAGUUCAUUUUGCGUCUCUGUCUUCAUUAAUAUGCUGAUCAUCAAACGGCCACAAUACAGGGAGAAGAAAAUGCAAAUAUAAUUAUUUAACACGCGCAAUGUGAUUUAUCAACACUCAUCCCUGUGCGAGCACUAUUUAGCGUUUUAUUUAAUACUUGCGAGAAGGAUGUGCAAACUGACACAGUUUCACACACGGCUGCAGGAUCAAAUAAUAAAUGCAGCAAUGUAAAAAAGACAUUUUGACUUUGUCUAUUCAGCAAUUUCCUUUUAUAAUUUUAGAGCUGCUGGAUGACUUGUGGGACUGAUUACAAUUAAUUCAAUUUAUAUUUUGGUGUCUGCUAGCGUUUUUUUUUUUUUUAAAUGUCAUUAGGUUUUUUUAAUUUAGGAAGUAUAUUACUAUAAUAUAUCUCCUACAUGUAAAAAAAUGUCUUUCAUUGUGCAUUUUCUUGCAGUUGAGUCAUUCCAGUCGUACGAAUGCGCUGGUGAGUGUGCUGAUGUUUGUUGUCUAGAUUGCGAUUCAGAAAAAGUGUUACAGAUUAUAGAUGUGUGCUGCCGGUUCAACACAUCGCACACAUGUAGUAGCAUGAUAACAUGAAUGUGGAGAAAAUUAUUAUCUCUUUGAUAAAAGCCCCGUAUGCACGCUGAAUCUUCAUUUGAAUAAGGUGUCUGCACCCCGUUUAAAUUGCACACGCAGUCUUAGCAGAUCACACUCAUAGUACACGAUAUAUAGUUUUUUUUUUGCACACGUUUUUUGCGUUGUAUUUGGAUCUUAGUAAAUCAGGCCCUAUGUGUAUGUAUGUAUGUAUGUACUAGUGCUGUCAAACAAUUGUAAUAUUUAAUUGCGAUUAUGACAUUUUGACCACAGCCAACUCAUAAUGAAUGGUGAUAAUCGCAUUUUUUUGAUGUACUUUUUGUCACCAGACAGAUUUUAGGUUGUUUAUUACUCUCAUCAAAGGACUGGACAAUUAUUUUGAUGUCUGCAUAUGUUUGUUUAUUAGACAUUGUGCUUUUUUACACAGCUCAACCCAUCACGAACACACUCUUUUACACACGUGCACACACACACAGUUUAGUACGUGUAAUGUGUGUGUGCACACCUGUAAGGUGUAGUGUGAUGUGAGUGGGAGCUGGGGAAGUUGAGCUGGGUUAGCAUGAGUUUGCAGUCUAAAAGUGUUGAGCAGCUCCGAUGUGUAAUUGUUCUCACUGAGUGUAAUUGUUAAUAAAGUGUCUGAGUGCA